AUGCACAGAGCGCCACUCACACCAGGGCCCCUUGGAUGGGCUUUAGUGCUGUGCAGAGACCAAGGUUUGGCCUUCAGAUGCCUCCGGGGGCUGGCUGGCCGCCCUGCCCGGCCCCGCCCUGCCGGCUGCUGGGCGCGUGGCACAGAGCUAGCAGGGCAGCCAAGACCCCAUCGUUGGCUGCCACCGCGCCAGGUAGACUCUGUAGACUCAGCUCACACAGGCACAGGCUUUGACCGGGCGCUGCCUUGGAUCCUGCCUCCGCGCCCGCAAGGAGACGCGCGGAUCUCACGUCCCAGUGCGGGUGUCUCCCGGAGUGGCGGUGGCUUAGAGAGCCGCGCCGGCCAGGAGCCUCCGCGCGUCACUGGCAGCUCCAGCGGAUUAGAACUCGCCUCCUUGCUCCUCCCUGCAGUCCCGUUUAAAGUUAAGGCUGGGUUUAAGAGAAAGUUGAGUGAGCCUAGUUUCUUCAGCGCUUUCUUCUGCGAGAUGAACACCAUUCUGCCUUGCCAAGAUCAGUAUUUUGUAGGAGGCCAGUGUUCUAAUUGCCCGUAUUCCACUACCACGUCAGAAUCUGGUGUUGACGUUUCCAAGGAGACUUGGGUCUCUUUCUGGGCUGCUGGUCUCCUGGACAACUCUGAGCUCCAACAGGCACCACAAGUGUUGGAAUCGCCCAGUGGCUUCAGUUUCCCUGUUCCUGAUUCGUGUUCAUGGGAAGAGACUGAGCUCUCAUCCCAGCUCUACAGAAAUAAACAGCUCCAGGAUACUCUACUACAGAAGGAGGAAGAACUUGCUAGGCUACAUGAAGAGAAUAAUCACCUCAGACAAUACCUGAAUUCUACUUUGGUUAAACGUCUGGAAGAGAAGGCCAAGAAAUUGCUGUCAUCGGAUGAGUUUUCCAAAGUGUUUGGAAAACUCAGGAAAGAGAAGAGGAAACCCAAAGAACACAGACACCCCCCUACUGAGAUUCCCCAGUCCAAAACUGCCAAGAGAAACCCCUCCACGGAGUUUACUCACUGUGAACAACAACCUGGGCCCCAUGUGGACCCCUGGGUUCUUCAAACCCUUGGGUUGAAAGACCUCAACACCAUUGAUGACACCCUACCAGCUAACUACAGUGCCACCGCUGUCGCCUCUCAUCUCAGAACAGUUCCCAGUACAUCCUCCCAGUUUGUACACGAUGAAGUUGGCUAUGCUAAUGUCCCCAGAGAUCUACACCUUGACUAUGUACGUCAGAGAACGCAUGCCUCACACACCACCUCCAUUCACCAAGAUGAUUGUUUCAGUUUUCCUAGGCUUUCUAAUCCUCCAGUAAGGGUGCAAACUCUUCCUUACCACACUGCAGAUGUGUCACCCAACAAGACAGAGGUGGCCUUUUCCACUUCUUUGAGCCCUCACUGCAAUGUGAAAACGCAUUCUUUCCACCAGGGACAAGCCUUUGUGCGUCGAGAUGAGGAGGGAGGUUGGAAGUUUACCUGGGUCCCUAAGCAGACCUAGUGACUCCCUUCUUCUAUCACAGAGUACUGCCAGGACCUCCAUCUACGAAGACCUCUUGCAUAAGGACUUGACCACUGAGAACACAGCAGCCCUUGCCUGCCU